AUGGAAGAGGAUCAAAGCAGCACUCCCAUGGAUCUCAGCAGCACUCCGGCUUGGGAGAAGGACAAGUAUAUAGAGGAUCACCUUCUUCCUGACACUACAUUUCUUACUGGGGUCAGAGCAGACAUCGACUUCAUAAGUGCUUUCCUGAAGGAGAGAUGCUUCCAACGUGCCCCCCACCCUGUGAGGGUCUCCAGGGUUGUGAUGGGCGGCUCCUAUGAUGAACACACUAUGCUCAAGGGCAGGUCAGAGCCCAACAUGGUGGUGUUCUUUAACAAUCUCACCAGAUUUGAAGAUCAGUUAAACUGGCAUGGAGAGUUCCUUGAGGAGAUUCAGAAACACCUGUGCCAGUUGCAGCAAGAGAAACAAUUUAAAGUGAAGUUUGAGUUCCAGAGCUCAGAGCAGCCCCACUCCAGGUCUCUGAGCUGUAAGCUGAGCACCCCUGAGCUCCAGCAGGAGAUGGAAUUUGAUGUGCAGCCAGCCUACGAUGUCCUGUAUGAACUGAGAGACAACAAGUUCACUGAACCCCAAUUAUACAACCAAAUCUACACCCAACUUAUCCACGAGUGCACCACCCUGGAGAAGGAGGGUGAAUUUUACAUCUGCUUCAUAGACCUCCAUCAAAACUUCCUGAAGCAUCGUGCAACCAAGCUGAAGAAUCUCAUCCGUCUGGUCAAGCACUGGUAUCAACUGUAUAAAGAAAGGCUGGGGAAGCCGCUGCCCCCACAGUACGCCCUGGAGCUGCUCACAAUCUGUGUCUGGGAACGGAACGUAAAUGAAAAUCAACAUGAAACAACUAUAGCCAAGGGCUUCCUGAUCAUCUUAGAACUGGUUGUCGAUCACAAGUUUCUUCUAAUCUACUGGACAUGGUAUUAUGGUUUUCUUCAUCAAGAAGUCUCUGACUACCUGAACGGACAGCUCCAAAAAGACAGGCCUGUGAUCCUGGACCCGACUGACCCAACAAGGAACGUGGCUGGUUCAAACUUAGAGGCCUGGCACCUUCUGGCAGAAAUGGCUGAGUCCUGGACGCAUUUCUCUUGCUUUAAGAACCAUGAUAUGUCCUGGAUGUCCACCUGGGAUUUAUCGACAGAGAAUAAAAAAUGUGUCAUCUUGUGA